AUGCCUUCCUUUGUUACCACACAAACAGAGUUAACCGUUGAGCAAAUUACUCACGAAGCAACAGGGAAUGAUAAGAACCAGAUAUUUCAUUAUUGCGAUACUGAAGGUGCUGAAUUACUUUGUAAGAAAUAUGGUCUUGAAUUGGUUGGAGAACAAAAAUAUUGCAUUUCGUAG